GUUGAACUUCUGGCUCAGGAGAUACUGGACUGUGCGCUUGGUCAUAGUCGCUUAUGCAACUUAUGCGGCAGAGAUGCUCGCUUUUGCGGCUCAAAAAAUAGCUCGUGUGCCGGAAAAAACGGAGGUAGUGUGAUUGAUGCUCUUAAAUAUGUCAAGAAACAUGGAAUCUACUACGAGAGGGACUAUCCAUGUACAUGCGAUAGUGGGAAAUGCAAACGAGAUCGAGUAAAUAUCAUACUCUUUGUAUUUCAUCUUUUUUACAGAAGUUGAAUUUUGGCUCAAAUUACUUAUUUGUUACAUUAUAGUUACGAAAGGGUACUGUGACAAUUGACGGGUUUAAAAUUGUGGAAUAUGAGAAUGAAGAAGCCCUUCUGAGGGCGGUCAUCCGACAACCUAUCAUCGUUCGUCUAUACAUCGAUUAUAACAAUUUCCAUAUGUACAGAGGCGUAAGUUUUUUUUUUUUUUAUGUUUGUUGUUUUAGAUUUAAUUUCAACUCAUGUUAAACUGCAUAGAGGUCCAAAUCCAAAUGUUGAGAAGGGCGGGCUUGAAAGUUAAGAUGGAUCACUAUGGAUUGGAUACAGAAAAGGGAAGAAAGCCGAGGAUUAUUGGAUUUUGAAAAAUUCUUGGGGGAUCGAAGGAGGGUACAUGCGUCUUCUAAGAAAUUCUGGAAGGCCAGAAGGGAUUUGCGGUGUGAACUUGUUCGCGGUUUAUCCGAUAAAAAGAACUGAUAAUCCUCCACCUUUCCAGGACAAAUUGAUCCGCAACAACUCACGGUUUAAACUGUCAGCCGCAACUCCAUAUGCAUUCAGGAGACGUUCCCUCAAAGCUGCUGUGCAGCCCAACAAAGUGUUGGAGCUGCUAUCCCUGUUCAUAAUCGAACUCAGCAUCGUUGAGCACGGGAUGAAUCUUGCUGCCGAAUUGGCUGCCGAAGGCCAGCAUCCUUCAACUGAGAGCUUAAGCAUUGUCCCUUGAACUACGUGGAGCAGAAGUUUGACAGAAUGAGAGGCAUUCUUAUUGAUUGGCUGAUAAAGGAACAAGUGUUGAUCAAUAAUACCUUGCUGUUUAAUCUGUCAUACACGUUUAUGAGACGUUUCCUCGAAGCUGCUCAAUCGGACAAAAGGAACUAGUUGGAGCUGCUUUCCUUGAUCAUGUAUAAGCAGUGGAGUGAAAUAUGUGAGAGGCGCGUGAUUUACAACGACGACCAGCUCAUCGAACGUGCUAAAACUGAACCUGCUGAGUUUCUUCCGGUUGAUGCAGAACUUAACGGAACAAUAUAUGCAUAAUAAAUACAUAUUUGCAAAGUUUAAUUGAGAAAAGAAAAAAGUUUCCUUUUUGGUUUUGAAGGCUACUUCAGUAUUAGAAGAUUUCCCUUUUGGAAUUUGUUUCGAGGUUAAGCUUAGACUUUCAUCACAUUAUUUUCUGUUUGGUGCUUUCAAAUUUUCUAAUGGCAGUGGUUACAGAUUUUCAUGCUUCUUAUCAAUUA